UUAAAUUAUAAUUAGCAAGGAUGAGAAAGUUAUUCAGUAUAACAUCUAUAUAACCUCAGUGCGGUAACUUCUGUGUGAGAGUUGUGACUAAACAUAACUUUGCAUGUUAAUCGUGUUCAAACGCUUAAACUAUAUGAUGCGUAUGGUGCGCAACUUGCUUUUUAUGACAAAUGGAUACAUUUCAACAAUGAAAAUCAUACCUGCCUAUGAUUUGUUUGAUUAUCAAUGUAUUUUUUCGUACGGUUUAAAAUGACGUCGAAUACAGCUUUAUUGAAUGGUGGAAUGGAUGUUAAAAGAAUGAACGGUGGACCUAGUCACAAUUCUACACAAGGAAAUAAAUUGCACGAGGAAAGUGAUGAAAAUAAAGGAUGUUGUGGGUGCACGUGCUUGAAGAAAGUCAGUAAUGCCAUUGUUAGUGGACUUGAAAAAUCAUUUUACAGAAUUGGGAAAUUGGUUGCGAGGAAUCCAUGGAAGACAAUAUUCACGUGUAUAGUGGUGUGCUGUGUUGCAGGGAUAGGUUUAAUGAGAUGGCAUGAGGAGACAGAAUAUGUGAAGGUUUGGUUACCACGCGGUUCAAGAAUGUUUGAAGAAGAUUUGUGGGUUAAGGCGAAUUUUCCAGAAAGAAUACGGUACGAAGCGGUUAUAAUAGAAGAUGAAAAUGUCCUCAGCCCUCAAACCCUGAAUGCUAUGUUUGAUAUAUUCAAAACAGCUCAAAAUUUUAAAAUUGAAGACGGUUCGUCUUUGGAACAUCUUUGUAUAAAGGCAGGUCCUAUUUGCAGAGUUAACAGUAUUUUAGAAUUAUGGGGUUAUAACGAAACAGUAAUCAGAAGUCUUACAGAAGAUGUUAUAUUUAAAACAGUUAAUCAAGACGUCAUACAAAGUCCCUUAUACCGGAACGAGAUAGAUCUAGAAAAAAUACUCGGUGGCAUUCAACGUGACAACGAAAGUAGAAUAAUCAGUGCUCGUGCAACAACGUUUUUCUGGUUCAUCAAACGGAACGACUCUUCAGUGGCUUCAGCGGAAGAAUGGGAGAAACAACUUAUAGAAUUAAUUAACGAUGUUGGUCAUAAACAUAUAGAUCAAAUGUAUAUAUACACUGCUAGAACCUUUGACGACGAGGCGAUGGGUGCCCUUUCCAGCGAUGUAAAUCUUUUAACUGUAGGCUUCAGUCUUGUGUUUCUAUAUCUCGCCUUAACAAUGGGCAAAUAUAGUUGUAUAGAACAAAAGAUAUUCCUGGCAAUGUCAGGCUUGUUAAGUAUUGGGAUGGCAAUUAUAUUCACAUAUGGUGUAGGACUGGGAACUGGUAUCAUGUUUGGUCCCAUUCAUCAAAUAACACCUUUCAUGUUACUGGGUAUCGGUGUGGAUGACAUGUUUGUGAUAGUGGAAUCAUUGCGACAGCUCACACCUAAAGAAAGACAAUUACCUGUUCAAGAAAGAAUUGGACUAACGUUAAAACAUGCCGGUGUUUCUAUAACUGUUACUUCCGUUACAGACAUAGUAGCUUUUGGGAUUGGUGGAUCAACGGUGAUUCCAUCAUUGAGUACAUUCUGUAUGUACGCGGCUAUAGGAGUUUUAGCACUAUACAUACUUCAAGCAACGUUCUUUGUGGCAUGUGUGACCUUAGAUGAGCAGAGAAUUGACUCCAAGAGGAAUGCGUGCCUGCUUUGUUAUAAACAUGACGACAAUUAUAAACCUAGCAAACACUAUAGCUUUAGUCUACAAUAUACCUUUAUGAGAAAUAUUUGGGGUCCAUUUCUGACAAAGAUCCCAGUAAAGAUAAUUGUAAUACUGGUAGCUGUUGCUAUGACAGGUGUCAACAUCUGGAGCUUUAUCCGAAUAAAGCAUGACUUUGAUCCCAGCAUGUACCUGCCAAAAGAUUCUUAUUCCCAGAAAUAUGUAGAGGCAGACAGAAACUACUUUCCAAAUGACGGUGCUUUUGUACAGAUGUAUUGUGGCAAACUGGAUUACAGGCAGAAUUUCAAUCGGUUACACGAGUUGUAUAAUCUGAUAAAAGAUAAGCCAUCAGUACAGUCAACAACUGUAGAUUUCUGGUUGGCAAGUUUUGUGAAGUGGCAAAAUGAGACGUCCAACUCGGCAAUAUCUCACACAAUAACAAACCAGUCUCAAGAUAUUUCAGUUGUGCCCUAUCAACAAGAUUUGUUACACCAGUUGAUGAAAUUUCUUGGAACUGAAGAUGGAAGAGUUUAUUGGAGAUAUAUAAAGUUUGAUGAUUUAACUAACCCUACUAAAAUUGUGGGAUCAGUGUUAACAUUUCGUCAUGUGAAAUGUACAACAUCUAUUUGUAACAUCAAAGCUAUGGAUGACAUGAGGGAACUCGUGGACAGCUUUUCUUUUCCUGGCGGUGGUACCUGUUUUGUCUACUCCAACCCACAAUACAUGUUCAAUGAAACUAAUAAGGUGCUGAAACUAGAGUUGUACCGGAACCUCGCUCUUGCAGCUAUUUGUGUUUUUGUUGUUACAUUAAUUCUCAUCGCCAACUUCUGGACCAGCAUUCUCGUCUUCAUAUGUGUCGUCUGCACAGUUAUUGAUGUGGCUGGAACGAUGCAGUUUUGGGAUAUAUCUGUGGACACAGCAUCAAGUGUUCUACUCAUUCUUUGUUUUGGUCUUGCAGUCGACUAUUCCGCGCAUAUUGGCCACUCCUUUAUGACUCAUACCGGCAGUAAAAAUGAGCGUACAAGGAAGACAUUAGUGAGUAUGGGACCAGCUGUAUUCAGUGGUGGAUUUAGUACAUUCCUUGCUUUCUUACUUCUAGUCAACAGUAUUAGCUAUGGAUUCACACUUUUCUUCAGAAUAUUUACGUCGGUUGUGAUAUUUGGUUUAUUUCAUGGACUUGUUUUCCUGCCGGUGAUUUUAAGUUUAAUUGGCCCGGCACCAUAUAAUACAAACUUCUUGUCAGAAACAGACAAACUAGAAGCUAAAUAUUCAGAGGCAGCUGAUAUAGCGUUACGUGUUCACAAUGGUGAUAUAAAUGAAGUCGAAAUGAAAGAACUGUAUCCAUUAAAGAAAGCAGUGAAUGGAAGUAUAAAAGACAACGGUUUAUUCUGGAAAGAAUUUGAUAGUUCCGUACCAGGUAACAACUUUGAAAGGUGCAAUAGUUUACCAAACAGUCAAUGCGCAUUAGAAGUUUCAGGGUCCAACGAUAACAAUCCAAGGUAUUCGGGGUCAUAUUAUGAGCAGAUGUCCAAUGGAUCGCUGGUACAGAUUCCAUUCCCUGAAUCCCAUAUACCGUUUACAACGAAAGACAAUGUUUGACAAAAAUCAUCGUUAAAUUUCAUACAUGUAAUUUAUUCAUAUUGUGCAAUCAUACAUUUUAUUCAUUAGCGGUACUCGUAACUGAUUUAGGACAUGAGUAACAUUGGUUUACCGUUCAGAAACAUUGAAAUAUACAAAUUAACAAACAAUUGAAUUACUUCUUAGUAUUGGUUUAAUAUUAAUUUUAUUUCUUUAAAGUUUCUAUCAACUAUAUGCAUGUUGCCUUUUUCUUCUUAACAUAUAAUGAACAAGUCUCCUGUUGGGCAAACAAGUUCUUUUUCAUAAAAAGAACUUUUGAAGAAAUAAAAAUGUUCGAGGAUUGUAUUUGCCUUCUAUAAGCUUAUAUUAUUCCAUUUUUUCCUUUGACAAUAUUUGUUUUCUAUUUGAAACAUUUUUUACUUAUUUCUGCUUACAAAAACUAAAAAAAAAAAAUGCCGAGGUUUAUGGAAUUCAUUGUAAGUCUAAGAUAAUAAAGGAAAAAAUAUCUGAAUUAACACAAAUGCUCUGUCUACACUACAAAGAAGUAUACUAUCAAGGUGCCAAAAACAUGUAUUUUAUUCAAAAGUCAUUGUUUAGACAUUACAGAUUGAUUGUAUUUAUUUUUGCCUGCAUAUUGUUGACCAUGCAAGCUCAAUGCAAAUAAAGUAUACAUGCAAAUAUAGUAUACAUUCAAAAAAUUAUAGUAUACAUGCAAAUAUAGUAUACGCGCAAAACAUAUAGUAUACAUGAAAAUAUAGUAUACAUGCAAAAAUAGUUUACAUAACAUGUAAAUAUAGUAUACAUGCACCUGCAUGUGUGGUGUAUGAGUGAAUAAGGUGCAUGUGUGGUGUAUGAUUGAAGGUGUAUGUCUGGUGUAUUAUUGGAGACGGUGCAUGUGUGGUGUAUGAUGGGAGGUGUAUGUGUGGUGUAUAAUUGGAGAAAGAUAGCGUUAUUUUAUUUACAUUUGUAUCAAUUGUCUAUAAAUCCAAAAGUGAUAAUCUCAUUCUUAAACAUUUCCACGAAAUAAAACAUAGAAAUGACUAUUUGUGAUAUUGUAAUAUAUUUAUUUAUGUAUCGACUGUUAUGUAUAUAUUUUUAAUGUUUUAAACUGUUAUAAAAUGUUGUAUUUAAUUGCAAAAUAAACUUUAAAAUCUGAUAA